UGACUAGUCUGAAGGAGCCGAGUGGAGGAGGCUGCAGCUCUGAGGAGGAGCUUUGUCUUCGAAGGCAGAGCUAGGUCUAUCCAGGCGUAGUUGAAUGGUUGCCAUGGAGAUUAAAGGAUUUCUCAAACAUGCAUGAAAGACUCAAAGUAACACUCCAGGUGUUUUUGAGGAGGGAAUAACAUUAUAACAUGAUGUAGAGCUAAAAAAAAAAAAAAAAGAAGACAACUUUACAUAAACCCCAUAAGUAAAAAGUGAUCACAUUUCACAAAACUGCCAAUUAAACUGACUUUUAAGAAAAAUAUAGAGAAAAGGGUUUAAACUGGUUUAUUAAAACCCCAGAUUAAUCAGGAUUAAUCAGGAUUAAUCUGCCUCAAAACGUGUUUGGCUCGAUGAAGUCAAAGUGACGGAUCCCAGUUUCUCCCGGCCGGACCUGAACAGGGAGGGGGAUCAGGGCAGCCGGGAGGAAUCCCAGCCUACAUCAGCUGCUCUCAUGAUCGCUGGAAUAUUUUUAUUUCACAGCCACAGGCCGAUGUUUGAGGAGGGGGAUCACUUUUCCUGUCAUCGCCUCAGUUUGAUUUAGAUGUCCGCGGAAUGGCGCAGCGCAUCGCUCUGUGCGCCCAGCGGGCUUUGUGCACGCAGCAGAGAAUAGAAAAUCGCCUUUUUUGUGACGUUUAAAACGGAAAGGAGAAGAUCUAAAUCAAUUAUCAGCAUUUUAUCCUUUUUGUGACGAGUGUUCUACCUGGCGGCGCUGUGGAUGUGAUGAGCCAAAAAUGUUUCUGCAGUUUUCCUGGCAGCGCGCCUGUGGCUCGGGUUGUUUGUCUGCUCCAGACUCCAGGGCGCACCGAUCCUCCGUGAACACAGAACAAAUGACUUCUGGGAGUAAAGCGUCUUAAAAAAAAACCCAAAACGAACUUCCUAUUGCUAUCUGAUUAGAAAGAAGAGGGAAAACGACGAAGCGGUCUAAGCUGCGCGCUACGUGGCACAACAAAACGCAGCGAUGCGGUGUCGGAUCUGCGUCCUGAUUUCGCUGCUGCUGCUGGUGGUUCUGGUGCCGGCCUGGCUGGCAGAGACGGCACGGGUUCGGAAGAAAACCACCAGAACCCGGCCUUGUCUGGACCUGCCGGAGGAGAUUCUGGAGCAGAUGUUCGGGCGGCUCUCGGUGGGAGUGAUGAGCGCCUUCCACCACGCUCUGCAGCUGGAGCCCCGGGACAAACUCAACCUCACCUGCCCGACCGCGACACCGAGCCCGGCCGACACCAAGACCCGCCUCCCGGUCAACCUGCGGAGCAUCUCCCCCUGGGCCUACAGGAUCUCGUACGACCCGAACAGAUACCCCCGCUACAUCCCGGAGGCCUACUGCCUGUGUAAGGGCUGCCUGGUCGGGCCGUACGGAGGGCAGAGCCAGCAGUACCGCAGCGCCCCAGUCUUCGCUCCCUCCGUCAUCCUGCGGAGAACGGGCUCCUGUGCUGGCGGACGCCACUCCUACACCGAGAUCUACGUCUCCGUGGCCGUGGGGUGCACCUGCGUGCCGCUGAUUGAGAAGGAGCGAGACAGCCAGAGCAGCAACAAGAGCGUGGAGGGAGGAAAGGCCAAAACCAGACAGAUGUUCUCUACUGGGAAGAAGUCAUAAAGGAGACAGAGGGGGGGGUAUGACCUUUGACACACGGACAGACAGCUUCGGUUAAACAAAAGCUGAAUUUGAACAAUUGGACUCGAAAAUUAUGCACCCAGGAAGACUUUAUUUAUAAAUUCAAGAAACAACUGGACAUAAGUGGUUGAAACAGAUUUUAAUUUGGAGUAAUAAGAGUAGAGGCUGAAAACAUAUCCCAUUAAAAAGAUUUUAAAAAAUA